AUGGCCGGCCUCCUAGACUACUGGAUCGUCACUAAGAUUGAUGGAGUCUACCGCCCCCUCGCCGGCGUCCGCCGAGGCGAACUCGACGUGCCUACUGAAGAAGUAUCAGCUACAUUCAUAUGGAUAAAAACAAUCUUGUCCGACCCGGCGAAUCGUAUCAGUAUUGAAGCCGAGCGGGAUAUGGCCAAAGACUGCUACGUUGCUGGCGAUAUGUGGUGGGUGUCAAUCUUCCUGUUCGAAGGACCGGCUAACUUAUCGAACAGGACCCUCGGUAUUGAAGACGAAUUCCCUUUCAUAUCAAGAUGUUUGUUGCUAGGCAUUUGUCACCAGCGGGCUUAUGAUCUCUAUAUGCCGCAAAAGACUCAGCCGUUAGCGCUUGGCUCAGUUUACAACCCAGCUUGCCGCUCAAGCAACAUAGUUGUCUGUGACAUUACUGAUUUAAACGACUUGCGCGGCGGUAUAAUGUUGCCUGGCGUCAUGCCAACGCAGCCAUACGUCCUCUUUCCCGCCUCCAAUUUCGUAAAAAGAUUCGGCUGCAUGAAAGCUAUUGGAGAUAUACGCACGUUGGAGCGAUUGACGCCAAUAGACCCAUCGGUUAUAAAUUUCAUCCAGAUACCUAAAAACACGGUGCAUAUUCCACGAGCUUUUACGCCUGAUGAGCCUCCUUUGGAUCGACUUGUCAUAGAUUUAAUCGAAAAAACAGUAGAAGUAAAUAUCUACGAGGAAAAAAUGUUGGAUAUCCUUCGAGGCCUAUCUAGUUUGAGGGGUCUAUUACAACGACAUCUUUGUUCGUCAGGGCCGUUUGGUCAAACGCCCUCGGCUGGACAAUUUAUAGGCCUCGCCUUUGCCGGUGAGACCCAUGUUGACCUGGUUCGGUUCAGAAGCAUACCCGUGGAGGCUAUCGAGUUUGCAUUCGGGACGAGAGAUAUGAGUAAUACGAAAUCACUCAGUCUUCGUGUCGAUUAUAUUCUAGGUUCAGCGAUAGGGAUUGUUGGUGCGGUAUCCAAGUUAACUUCCUUGCGACACCUAUACUGUUUCCGGGGGCCAGGGCCAGGGCCGAGGGACUGUGUGUUGAGCAGGGAACUUUAUAUGUUAUUCGCCAAACGUUUGGACCUUUUACAGCGCAUGGAAGUCACUUUUAAUGCAUCAUUCUCUUUAUCAUUGAAAGAUAUGCCCUGGACCGGAUCCCCUUUGGCAAGUCGCCUAACCUCCGCAUGUCACCCGCCCUCUCAAGCGGUCCCUGUUCAACACAUGUUUAUCCGUCGCAGCCAACCAGCCGAGCCAGGAGUAAUCGACCCUAUCCUAUGGACCGCCUCAUACUACCUAGCACACGGGCUACUUCGGCCAGAGGCGUUUGCUGCUAAGUUUUUACGCUAUCUAUGGCAACCACCCGAGCGCCUGGCCCCCUUUUCUGCAGAACCGCCGUCCCUAAAAGACAUGUCUGAUAUUGAGAUCCGCCCCCUAGUAGAAUGGACUAACUUGCAGGGCAUUUCAAAAGGGGCUUGGGUCUUGCUUUUGUCAAUGGAGGGGAUCGAAAAAGUACAAACGAGGCGACGUGACGCCGGCGGAAAUCGAUGUCCUAGGGCUCAGAGAAUUCCUAGCAGUUUCGGCACCGGCGGUGCGCUCGGAUUUGAUAGAUCGAGCGCUGGAGGAAACAAGGGUACAGAUGGCGAAUUGGGUAAAUGA